CAGUUGUUCAAUGAAUUUAUUAUCACAGUAUCAAGUGUUGAGUCGCAGGACAAACGUUAACUAUAAGAAAAUAUUUACCUGAUAAAAAAAUUCAAUAAUGACGCAAAAUGAUUGUAGUAAAAAUUUACUAUAAUUUGUCGAUGAAAACAAUUUUAAAUAGUUAAUUUGUGAUUAAUAAAAAAUCGUGAUGCAGCUAGUCAAUAAUUGGAUAAAUAUUUAUUUAUUUUUAUUUUUAACGAAAAACGUUUUUGGUUCUCAACAUUUCCUUCAUAAAAGGCAAACUUCAAAUAAUUGUCCUAUAAAUACGUUUCAAUGUUCGAAUGGAGCUUGUAUAGAUACCGAAUUUACUUGCGAUGGAAAUGGCGAUUGUCCAGAUAAUUCAGACGAAACUGAACAACUUUGCUCUACUAUAUCAUGUCCUGGAUUUGCAUUUCGCUGCAAAUAUGGUGCUUGUAUUGAUAAAAGUUCAAAAUGUAAUGGGAAUGUUGACUGUAUAGACGGAUCUGAUGAAAAUGAUUCUUCGUGUAUGAAUAUUGAAAGCACAGCUAGUUCAACAAGUCAAGUCACUACUAAAAAACCUAUUGCCGGUUGCACAUCGAAUGAAUUUCAAUGUACGUCUGGUAAGUGCAUUGAUAGUAUAUCUAUUUGCGAUGGCACAGCAGAUUGUUCAGAUGGAACUGAUGAGACUCGAGCGCUCUGUGGAAACGAAAGAUGUCAGGGUUAUUCUUUUAAAUGUGCAUAUGGUGCAUGUAUACCCAAAGAAAAUAGAUGUGAUGGCGUCAAAAAUUGUGUAGAUAAUUCAGAUGAAGUCAUGUGUAAUCAAAAUAAUUCCAUAGUAUUCAAACCAAAACCUUCAACAGCAACGGCAACAACAAAACCAACUACUAAACCGACUGUAGUUCAAUUAAACGUCACAAAUGCAUGCACCGUACCCAGAAUGGAGGGAAGUGAUUUUUCAUUGAUAAAUUCUGAUCAUACAUUAAAAUCUGUAUCUCCCGGAACAAAAAUAAAUCAAAAUAAUUUUAUUUUAGAAAAAUGCAAGACGGGUUACACAAAUAUUACAUCUCAUAGACCCGUGGCAUGUUUAAAUGGAAAUUGGUUUCCCGUCUUCAAUGAUGUUUUAUGUUUAAAAAAUUGCCCAUCAGUGACAUCAGAAAGCUUGAAUUUAGAAUGCAGAAUAAAUGAUGAUAUUGUUAAUUGUUCGAAACCAGUACGCCAAGGAACCAUUAUGAGACCUUCGUGUAAACAAAAUUAUCGUCUCGAAAACGGAGAAGAUGAAAUUCCAAUUGAACUCUUUUGUCAAAAAAAUGGUCAAUGGAGUGGCAAAUUAUUCAAAUGCAUACCAAUUUGCGGUAGAAUACUUCCAAAAAGUCAAAUUUUAAUUUCAAAUGGUAAUAAAACUGUAUAUGAUGAAGUUCCGUGGAAUGUUGGGGUGUAUGAACAUAAAAAUAAUGUUUACGAACAUAUUUGUGGUGGUACGUUAAUUGCUCGGAAUAUAGUGUUGUCUGCUGCUCACUGUUUUUGGACUGAUGGUCAAAAAAAUAGAGAUGUAGAUCAUAGCAACUAUAAAAUUUCCGUGGGGAAAUAUACUAGAGAUUAUGGUGUUCCAGAUAACCAUUAUACUCGGAUUCAUGACGUAAAGCAAAUUUUUAUCGGAGAAAGAUUUAAUGGAGAAUCAUCUUUGUACUCUGAUGAUAUAGCAGUUAUUAUACUGUCAGAUCCAGUGGUUAUAAGUCCAGCUGUUUCAGUUGUUUGUGUUGAUUGGAAACCUCAUUACACCGAACAAAAUGGAAAUUUAGGAUUGGUUGUUGGAUGGGGUAGAGUUGACAAAAUGAAAGAGAUAUACAGCCAAACAUUAUUAAAAGCAGAGUUGCCAUACAUUGAUUAUCCGACAUGUCGAAAAAUGGUAAAAGAAGAAUUUUCAGUUUUCAUAACCUUUGACAAAUUUUGUGCUGGAACCAAAAAAAUUUCAGAUCAAGGAGUUCAAAAAGGAGAUAGUGGAGCUGGAUUAUCGUUCAUACACGAUAAUAAAUAUUAUUUAAGGGGAAUUGUUAGUCUUAAUGAUCCAAAUGCCAAUGAUUCAAUUGCAUUAUUCACGGAUAUAAAAAGACACUUGUCAUGGCUUCUUAAUAUUUACUUGAAAAAUAGAAUUCAAUAAAUAUUAUAAAAAAAUGGAUUUUGUAAUACAGUUUAAAAUUACUUUUACUUGACAAUUUACAUUGCUUUAUUACUUACGAUUUAAAUUGAAAAAUUAAGAUUUUUUGAGUUAAUGGAAAAAAGAUUGCAUUGUUUCAAUUUGAUAGUUAUUUUUUCAUUCAUUAUGACAGAGUUUGUUAUUUUGCAUAAGAAUUACAUUUUAAAAUAACAUAAGAACUGAAGGUAAUUUAUUUAGCAGAUUUAUAAU